AUGGCGCAGGCACGACCUCCUCAACCGCAGGGGCAGCAGCAGCAACAGCAACCCCCACCACAGUUCGCUACGCAUCCCUUCUCUCCACCUAUUUCUUCGCCUUCGCCUCACUCUGGACAGUCUCCCGUCAAUGGAGCUAUCGCGCCGCCGCCCCAGAAGAAACCUCGCCUAUCUCCCCUUCCGCAAUCUCAAACACAGUCACCCUACGCAUCUCCCAGCUUUGGCGCAAUGCAAUUACCUCCGAGUCAGCCGUCAAUGAACGGAAUGACCAGUAAUUUUGCCCCAUCUACUCCUACCGGUGCUGCGCCCGCCCAGGGAACGAUGGGACCUCCAUCGCGUCCUGUUGAUAAAACGACCGAUGCCGCUGAGCUGACAGACGUGUUGGCCUCGUCGGGCAUCGAUGUUCGGGAAGAAGAGGCUUUCCUCACACGCAGUUUCUCCGGGCCAAAUGCGCAGGCGCAGGCGCCCAGCAGACCUCCGCUACCGCAGCAACAGUCACAAACAAAUGCAUCAUUCGCCUCGCAAGCAUCGACAACGGGGACGAUUUCAGCAUCGAGCAGCUUUGGCGAUUUACCCAACGCGAAACCAGCCGCUGCGCAGGGUUCGUUCUCCACAGAUCCGACCUCUCAAAGCAGUACCAUCAGCAAUCAGCCCAAUCGCGCAGAUACAGAAGCCGCACGGCGGGCGCAGUACCAUCUUCAGGAACCGUUCCUUUUUGCCAAGCUUGUGGAGCAGAAAAUCCAGAAGCGUGGCUUUGAGCUUGGAGUCCGAAUCCCUUCAGAGGGUCUUUUUCAUCCAGUACCGGGUCGACAGGCUCCCAUUGAGGUCACAGGGCCCGAUGGUUCGUCCAUCGUACGAACAGGCCAAACUAUUCUAAACCAGGAAGGGGCGCCCCUUGUGGAUAUCCUGAAUCUCGUAUCCCUCUCCUGCGAGGAACGUCUACGAGGAGUUAUAGAUUAUUCAGCCGCGCUAGCGCGUAGCCGCAGAGCCCAUUCGCAUGGUGUCGUCCCUGAUGCGUGGGUGGACAUUGCGCAACCUCUGGGUCCUAUUGCAGGGAAUACCGUGACCCCAUCUAAACGGCCUAAUGUCGAUGGCGAGAGUGCUGCUCGAAAACCAGUUGCGGAAAGAUAUAAGGGGCUGAUUACACGAGAAAGUAACCAAGAAAACAAGCGUGCUGCAAAGCGUGCCAAAAGGGGAUCUGCCACGACAUCGGGUGACGACGCGAGCGCUCGAUAUGAUCCGGUGGCCAUUAUGGGAUCCGCUCCGUCUACGCCAAUCGGUGAUAGGGCUCCAACUUUUGACAGCAAGAAGUCGAUGACCAAGAAGGAGCAAAAGAAGAUGAUGGACAACAAGGCCAACGAGGCACAACAACACCAACAGUCGGUGGAGACAGCGCGUCUUGCAACCAAUUCCAUGCUUUCAGGGCGCAUGUUUGGUGCGAAAAAAUCAUACUCAUGGUUAAAGCCAGGCGGGUCGUCCAGCGGUUUCUCAACGCCUACCCGGGCGGCCCCCACAACACCAACAACCGGUCCAGAGAAGCCCAGUCGGUCGAGCGAGACACCAGCUGGUCCACCAAAGCGCCGACUCGGUACGUGGCGAGAAGAUCAAGAAAAGGGGCGGGGAAUUCAGGUUCGGGAUAUUCUAUUUGCUGUCGAGGCCGAUGGACGUGCAAGCAAGCAUGUUCAAAAGGGUUAUUCAAGAGACCCGAAGGAGGAUCGUGUGUUUUGA